CGGACGCAAAUAUUCUCAAGUUAACUAGCUUCAACUAACCUCUCGUCGCUCCUUUCAAUUCAAACUAUGGCAGAUGUUACCGUGCUCGUUUCACCGACUCCACUCUAUCCAAGACCUCAUUCCGCACUUGGUUUCAGCCUGAAUCUUGCUCGCCGCAGCCAGCCUGAAUUCGCAUCACCAGUCAUGGUUACUCUUGAGACAGCAGAUCCUUCGACGGCACCUUCUUCGCCCGUCGAAGUGCGAACCUUUGACGAAGCUCUGCUUUUACCUCCUAAGCGUUCAUCCAGAGCGCACCGAAACCAAUCAAGCAUUUCCCGUUCGCAGUCUGCCCCGCCCAAGCAGGUUUCUUUCUCUGAACCUGUCAAGGCUCCCCCACGACGCGUAUUCUCUACGUUUCCAGCUACAUCUACAUAUACGCGUGAGCUCCCGCGACCAGCACCUUCUCUCUUUCGCCCCAGGACUUUUUGGCGCAAGACAAAGCGUUCAGGUGUCACAGGCGCAUCCUAUUCGCCCGCUUCCCAUCUAGUUCGUCGGGCCACCUUCCUUGCUGCUGGCCUUUCCCUUGACGCACCGGCCGCUGACCUCAGCGCCCUUGGCGUAGAAAGUCGCGUCUCGGUUCUUGUCCUCGGCCCAGAUCAUAUAUUGCAGCUGUAUCCCAGCGUUGGCUGGUGAGCGUGCAUGAUGGAAAAUGAGUAUGCCACACAAUCGGGCGGAGGUGGGACUUUGACCCAUUGGAAUAUUAAUUACGUAUUCAACCCUUAUAGACGACCCUACCUCUGUCAUUGCCCCUGCGUUCACUGAGGCAAGUGCAACCACAGCUACCAUCAUUUCUAUCACCGCCCUUCCUCCUCUUAAUACGACUCUGCCUCACGACGUCACAAAAGUUUCCUACCACCAGCACCUUGAUGUCAUAUUUC